AUAUCUCUAGCGCAACCUCAUGGGGCGCCGCCAUUUUGGUUUACGAACAAGACGGCGACCCGCAGGGGUCCUCACCCCCCUCCCUUCCUCCCUUUAGGUGUCUUCAUAAAAUGCCCGUGGAGAAUCCCCUUUUUUUUCGCCCCGGUCCCAAGAUGGCGUCGAUGCGGGAGAGCGACACUGGCCUGUGGCUGCACAACAAACUGGGCUCCACAGACGAGCUGUGGGCGCCGCCGAGCAUUGCCUCGCUGCUCACGGCCUCGGUGAUCGACAACAUCCGCCUCUGUUUCCACGGCCUCUCCUCGGCCGUCAAGCUGAAGCUACUCCUGGGGAUGCGCCCCCUGCCCCGCCGGGCGGUGGAUGAGAUGAAAGGGGCACUGACUGAAAUUAUCCAGCUCGCUACCUUGGAUUCAGACCCCUGGGUCUUAAUGGUAGCUGAUAUUUUAAAAUCCUUUCCAGAUACUGGCUCCCUUAACCUUGAUCUUGAAGAACAGAAUCCCAAUGUUCAAGAUAUUUUAGGAGAGCUUAGAGAAAAAGUAAGUGAAUGUGAAACUUCAGCUAUGUUGCCGUUGGAAUGCCAAUACUUAAACAAAAAUGCCUUGACAACACUAGCUGGGCCACUUACUCCCCCAGUGAAACACUUCCAGCUGAAAAGGAAACCUAAAAGUGCCACUCUCAGAGCUGAACUCUUGCAGAAGUCAACAGAAACUGCACAACAGCUCAAGAAGACUGCAGGAGUGCCUUUCCAUGCCAAAGGCAGGGGACUGGUCAAAAAGAUAGAUACGACAACGCCGCUCAAAGGAAUACCAAAACAAGCUCCGUUCAGGAGUACUUCAGCACCUAGUGUAUUUAGUCCUUCUGGAAACAGAACUCCUAUUCCUCCUUCAAGAACACCUUUGCGCAAAGAAAGAGGAGUAAAGCUUCUAGAUAUCUCUGAGCUGGAUAUGGUAGGUGCUGGCCGUGAAGCAAAGAGAAGAAGAAAGACAUUAGAUACAGAAGUUGUGGAAAAGCAAGCCAAAGAAGAAACAGUAGUAGAAAAUGCUACCCCAGAUUAUGCUGCUGGCCUUGUGUCUACACAGAAACUUGGCUCAUUGAACAAUGAGCCUGCACUACCUUCUACAAGUUACUUACCUGCUACCCCCAGUGUGGUGCCGUCUUCCUCAUAUAUCCCAAGCUCUGAAACACAGCCAGCUGGCUCUGCGCGAGAGGCCUUGCAGACUAACAGACAGACUGAAGAGCCUGCAGCUCCAAAUGCUACCACAACUCUUCCUGCACAGUUCAAACAAAGAACACCCAUGUACAAUAGUAAUUCUAAUCCGCCUGCAGCUACACCUACCUCACCCCUGACACCUACCACACCUCCUGCCAUUUCCCCUGCGGCACAAGCACCACAAGUGGCCCCCCAAACUCAGCAACAGCCACCACCGAAAAAAAGCCUCUCUCUCACAAGGGAGCAAAUGUAUGCUGCACAGGAAAUGUUCAAGACUGCAAACAAAGUUACAAGGCCAGAAAAGGCUCUUAUACUUGGAUUCAUGGCAGGAUCCCGAGAGAAUCCUUGCCAAGAGCAAGGUGACAUCAUCCAAAUUAAACUUAGUGAGCAUACAGAAGAUUUACCAAAGGCAGAUGGCACUGGCAGCACCACUAUGUUGGUUGAUACGGUCUUUGAAAUGAACUACGCUACUGGUGAAUGGACCAGAUUCAAGAAGUACAAACCUAUAACUAAUGUUUCCUAAGAGAUGCAGCAACAGGAGACUGGACCAAAUCAAGCUUAGAGUCAACCAGCUCAUAGAGUAUGUCAACUGUACAAAAUGGCAUUCAUGUGUACAUUUCUUAUUACCCUCCAGAGUAAAAGUCGUGGCUCUCCAACCUAACUGGGCUGAGUGAACACAGGAGAAGAUGGUGUCGAACUCUCUCUUUUUCUUUUCUUUUUUUUUUUUUUUAUUUUAAAAAUCUUGGGAGAGGGAAAGGUGAUCUUAGGGGGGGGAAGUUUUGGUGUGUGUUUGUUUUCCUACAGUUCAAGAUGCCGGAAAAGGAGAUCACAACUGAAAGAUUACAGAUGGGAGCAGUUUACUUCUGAGUACCGAAAGAGAAGACUACUGCGCAGUCAUUCACGGUUUACCAUUAAACGAGGGCACAGAUCUUUAUUGUAAAAAACAUUUUCUUUGGCUACAUGGGUUCUGUUGUAAGAAUGGACAUUUAAAGCACCACCAGUCAGUGCUUGAUUAUUUUGUAAUUCAGCUGCAGUAUAACUAAAUAUUGCAGGUGGUAGAUGUCCAGUGUCUAAUGGUACCCACUGUAUGUUUAGCUUAUUUAUGCUUGGGUCACAAGAUGGGAUUGAGCAGCUUUGUUAACUUGCUACAUUGUCAAUGUCCAUGCCUGGCAUGAGUUAACCUAUAUUUGGCAUUAUUUGAGAUCAAGAGAAACUGAAUAUCAUAACUUUCUGAAGAAAAAAACAUCAAAAUUAAGAAAAAAAAAAAAAAAAAAAAAAGAGUAGCAGUGGCUUGUCACUGCCUGGAAGUGAUAGCUCUUUACCAUGUAAGUCUUAGAUUGAGUAGAAGUUGAUCUAUGGCUCUUGCACAGCAAGCCCUUUGAACAGCAUAACUUACCUGGGAGGAAGUGAUACUGUUACAUCUCAAGACCAAUUGCAGCUUAAUUUAAAAACGGCCCUAGAAAUGGUUGAGUGACACAUAUCUGAAUAUAGACGGCUGGGGAGGAUUUGUUGUCUUGAGGCAGUGUUAAUUUAUGCUUGGUUGAGCAGUCAUAAGGCACUUGAUUGCCAAGCCCUGAUCCAAAAAGUUUUGAAUAGUAGCUGUGGUUUUUACCAGUGUAGUUAUAUUAGUAUAAUCACUAAUGUGGCCACAAUUAUAGAGGCAUAUAAAUGUGCCUUAUACUUGUCUCCUAGUAGAAGCACAUUUUUAUCUUUAUAACUGUGUUUACACCACUGGUAUAAUCUGGCUUUACUAGUACAAAUAAAGCUUGCGUUUAUUGAGAGGGCUUAUGUACAUAGUUCAGGAUUCGUCCUUCGGAGACUUGGCUUCCUCAUUGGAAAGAGACUUGGAUUAAAUGUCUGCUUUCUGCCAGUUACUUGUAUGUGGAGCUGUGCUCAUUGGGAACAGUGCUUAGAAGGAAGAAAUACAAAGAUGAGUAGCACAGUGGUGGUUUGGUGCUGAGGGGGUACCUUGGGCUGACUACAGGUUCAUGUUAAAGUGGAACUCUUAGGACAAAAUGAGGCUUUUUUCCUUUUUUCAGAAAAGGAAGCAGACCAAAUCCCAUAAGUACACAUAUACUAACAGAGACGUUUAGAUGAUUGAUUAGAGUCUUUUUGUACUGGGGAAUUCUUAUUGCAUUUUAUUUUUAGUUUUUAAAAAAAGUUACCCAACAGGACAGGGCAAGCAUAAAUAAGAAAAUCUGUAUUCUACAGUGUGUUAAGAUGUGACCAAAACUAUAGAUUUCUUAACCUUAUUUAAGCAAAUAUACAGAAUGUUCUAGCUCCUGUAGUGGGAGAGUUAUUUGAUGGUACCUGUUACCAUUACGGAGUGUUGUGCAUGUAUUGGUGUGAAAGUUACUCGCAUAUAACUGUCACACUGGGGGCUCUCCUCCACAUAAUUACCCCAUUUCAGAAGCUAUGUAGAUUGUGAUUCUGAUUGCGAUUUUUUUUUUGUUUGUUUGUUUGGGUUUUUUUCUCUAAAUGGCUAGAAACCAGCCUGACAAGUGAGGAUGAGUAGUGGGUUUUAGUUUUUAGAAUGAGUUCAGUAGAAAUGCAUUUUCAUGGUUAUAACUUAUUUGAUUAUAGUAUGUUACACAGUAAGGGCUAACAAUAGAAUAUGAAAGUAUUCAUCUUUUAAAAGAAAGGUUUAAAGAAAAGUGACAUUCCUCUUGUCUGCAUUCAGAUUUUUAAAGUUUUCUUGUAAUGACCAGUUUUCUGUAAACCUGUAUGAUACUUCUGUCUUAACUGUUCCUGCUUGCUAGAUAAGCUGCAAGUACCAAAUACAGUUUUUAAGAAAGAACUUUUAGAAAAUCGGCUGACUUGAGGGGCGUGUACUGUCAUUGUAAGUUGUUGAUCAAGACUCUUUACAAUUCAGUAGUUAUCAGGAGCUGCUGCGUUGAUGGCUCUUUUGGCUUACUUGAAAUUAAUGGAGGUCCCUCGCUAAACUUUUAGUCCCCAGAAGUCUGCAUUUCAGACCCAUGCUGUUGGGAUGGAGAUGGCUGUCCCUCUCCUCUUCAAGAAGCCCUUCCAGAAUGCAGUGGAGUUUUUUGAGUGCAGUAGUGCGUAGGAAGCUUACCCAUGCUGCUACCUAUUUGUAUUUGCUGCAUAACAACAUUGGUCUCCAGGCCUGUUUGUCUAAAGUCAGUCAUAUGCAAUAAAUUGAAAUUUUAAAUAGAAGCAUAGUAUAUUUUUAAUUCCGUUAAGUUAUUAGGAUGAGACAAUUUAACACUGCAAAAAUAAUUUAUUUUUAAAGUGACUUUAUGACCCUUGAUACCAGAGCAUUACUUCAACUUGAUCUGUGAAUCUUGAAAGUUUUUUUUAAAUGCCUAAAGAAAGGGAAGGUUUUUUUUGCAACAUUGUUAAAAUGAUACAGUAAGAAGUAAAAACUACAUGGAGUUCUUUGGUUCAGAGAAUGAAAUCGUUGAACCAAUGGCCUGAAAGUAGAGACAAUGCCAGACAAUUCAGAAAGGGCAACAUCAACAUUUAAAUUCCAAUAUAAUGGAAUUAUUGCAUACAGAACAAAAUCUGGCCCUGGAACUUAGUAUUUUUUGUCUUGAAUAUUCAGUCACUUGGAUGUGAGCUGGAUUCCAUUCAGUGAGGCUCAGUGUGUGCUGUUAAGAUUAAACAAAAACAUUUGUUGACUCCAGAAUGACUUGCAGAUGUACUUGACAAAUUGACCAGAGUACUA